AUAACACCCAUAACAAAAAACAGAGCAGACACAACUCGAGAGGGGAAAACAAAAUAAGAGAGAGCCCCCCCUGUGGUUAACACCGACCCAGGUCCUCCGGUCCCGUGCAAAUCCACACACCCACCCUGAUUGGGUCCCACAUUCCGAUGAGAGAUUCCUCAAGGAAGAUCCACACAUUCCAAUAACUACUCCAACCCUACGUUUCGUUUUCACAUCCUUUUGAGCCCUCCCUCCUCCUUCUUAAGGCCUUCUCCAAUAACCCACUUCUUGUGAUUCUUCUCCUCUUUGGCUGAUCUGGGUAGCUCUUUGUUUAUUGUAUCAUUGUUGUUUUGGGUUAAAGAUUUGGUUUUUAUAUUGCAAGUUUUGGAUUGGGUUUGAUUUUGGGAUCUGGAUCGGUGGUUCUGUCAAUGGGCGCUUUGGACGAGGGGCAUUUCUGUUCGGAACUUGAGAAUGGAGUGAAGCUGGGUUGUAUUGAGCUGAGUGUUGAUGAUGAACCUGAGACUAUAGCUAUUGAGGAUGCUGUCAAAGUUCUCAUGCAGGGUCUUGGUGAGGAUGUGAACAGAGAAGGUCUGAAGAAGACACCUCUUCGUGUUGCCAAGGCCCUUAGAGAAGGGACAAAGGGUUAUAGACAAAAGGUCAAGGACAUUGUGCAAGGCGCAUUAUUCCCUGAAGCUGGUCUGGAUAAUGCAGUUGGUCAUGCUGGAGGAGCUGGUGGACUUGUGGUUGUUCGAGAUCUGGACCUCUUCUCCUAUUGUGAAUCUUGUAUGCUACCAUUCCAGGUUAAAUGUCAUGUUGGUUAUGUCCCUUCUGGUCAACGAGUUGUAGGCUUAAGCAAGCUCUCUCGAGUAGCUGACGUGUUUGGAAAACGUCUUCAAGAGCCUCAGCGUCUAGCAGAUGAAUUGUGUUCAGCCCUGCACCAUGGCAUCAAGCCAGCCGGUGUCGCUGUCAUGCUCCAGUGUUCACACAUUCAUUUUCCAAAUUUAGAAUCAGCUAUUCUUGACUCGAACCACCAAGGAUGGGUAAAAUUGCUGGUUAGUUCUGGUUCUGGAGCUUUUGAAAAUGAGAGUGCCGAUAUUUGGGCAGAUUUUUUGAGUCUUCUGAAAUUCAGAGGCAUAGAUGUGGAUAAAACUUGCUUGAGAGACUCGAGCGACUGGUGUCCAUCUCGAUCUUCAGGCAGCGUUAAUGCUGUUAUUAAGGUUGAAUCAGCCAAUCAGGGAAUGAUCAUUGCAGUAACUUCAAUUCUUAGAUCACUUGGUGAAGACCCAUUAAGGAAGGAGCUCGUAGGAACACCUGCUCGUUUUGUUAAGUGGUUGAUGAACUUCCAGAAUUGUAAUUUGGAUAUGAAGCUGAAUGGGUUCGUAUCUGCUAGGGUGGAUCCUCUACAUCCCAAUGGAGACAGCUGCAAAGAAAAGCAAAUCCAUUCAGAGCUGAACUUGUCUCUUUGGUCUCAGUGUGAGCAUCAUUUACUUCCCUUUUAUGGUGUUGUGCAUAUAGGAUAUAUGUGCGCAGAAGGAUCCAUUCCCAUUGGAAAGUCUCUACUACAAUCAAUUGUGUGUUUCUAUGGUUUCAAGCUCCAGGUGCAGGAAAGACUCACGCGGCAGAUAGCAGAAACUGUGUCAUCACUUUCAGGUGGAGAUGUGAUGGUUGUUGUGGAGGCUAAGCACACCUGUAUGAUAUCUAGAGGGAUUGAGAAGUUUGGUAGUAGCACAGCUACAAUUGCAGUACUGGGUCGUUUUUCAACUGACCCUGCUGCAAGGGCCAAGUUUUUGCAGAGCCUCCCAAACAAUGCCAUUUCAGGACCGUGAUCCUAAUUCAUCUUGAAAUAUCAAUUCUUUUCAACUCAGUUCUUUGCCCUUGGUGGUUUUUGCUGCUCAGUUUAUGAUAUUUUUGAAGGACGGCCUGUAGCCAAUCUGAGUCUUGCCUCAUUUUUGUGUUGGUGGUAUGGAAGUGUACACUUAACUAUCCAAAUGCCCAUGGUCUCAUAAUAGAGGAUCUUAAAGUUUUGUUUUUAUUCAUCUGUUAUCUGUAGCACUAUACCCUUGCGAGAUUCCAAGGCUUGUCUUGGCUUCAAAGAUUUACUGGAAUACAAAUGAUACUGAAAGUACGAAUCAUAUUGAUUAUUGAAUACCUACAAAGCUUUAGUC